AUGGAGCCAGAAAACAAUGAUAUGGUGGUUUACGAGGGUGGAGAACACAAUAAGCAACCUAGGGGAUUGAUGGAGGAUUAUUCGGAUGAAUUUUCUACCGAACAAAUAUUUGAGACACGAGAAGCUCUACUUGAGUGGGUUAAAGGUGUUGGUAGACGCCACGGAAUGGUGAUAAACACUUUCGUUUCAAAUCCGGGAUUGAAAGGGCGUAGAAGACCGUAUGUAAUACUCACAUGCGAGCGUGCGGGUGAAUAUCGUGGGAAGAAGAAAGCCGGUGAGGAUGACCAAGGAGAGGGAAAGAGGAGGACGGGUUCUAAAAAAUGUAAUUGCACAUUUAGAUUAAAGGGGACAAAACAAGGAAAGGAUACUGAUAAUGUUGGGUGGGAUUUAAAAGUUCAAUGUGGUACUCACACCCACACGGAUUUUGAGAACUUGCACGUCCACUCUUAUGCCGGGAGACUAACAAAAGAAGAGAUGGUACUUGUUGAAGGAAUGUCUAAAGCAAUGGCAAAGCCGAAGGCGAUUCUCAAAUCAUUGAAGAUAAGGGACGAGAGGAAUGUAACUGGAAUGAGGACGAUUUACAAUUAUCGUCAGAAAUUGCAAUUGAAAGAGAGACUUGGAAGAACUCAAAUGCAAGAAUUGUUUGCAAGGUUGUCAAAAGAUAAGUGUACCUUCUACCAUAGAGUUAACAAUAAUAAAGAGGUAAUCGAUAUGGUGUGGACUCAUCCGAGUUGUGUUAAGUUAGCUCGUAGCUAUCCGUACGUAUUCAUCAUGGAUUGCACAUACAAAACCAAUCGAUAUAAACUCCCAUUACUUGAGAUUGUUGGCUUUACAUGUACGCACAAGACGUUCUCCAUUGCCUUUGCUUACUUGGAGUACGAAAAGACGGAGAACUACGUUUGGGCAUUGCAAAGUUUGGAGAAGAUACUCGGAAAUUGUCCUCCGCCUAAUUGCAUCGUAACUGAUCGGGAAUUGAGUUUAAUGAAAGCGAUUGGAGAUGUAUAUCCAACCAGUCAUCACUUGUUGUGUCGUUGGCAUGUGAACAAGAAUAUAUAUUCCACCUGUAAAGCGAUGUUCUCAUCUGAGAAGUUGUGGAAUCAGUUUAAUAGAGAUUGGGCGACUCUUAUUGAAGUGGAGUCCGAAGAGAUAUUCAAUAGAGAUUGGGAGAAAAUGCAACGGACUUUUGUUGAUUAUCCGGAUGCCAUAGCAUAUCUUACCAAAUCAUGGUUGGAUCCGUACAAGGAGAGGCUUGUAUCGGCAUGGACUAAAAAGUAUCAACAUUUCGGUACUUACACUUCAAACCGGGCGGAGGGUGCGCACUCUCGGCUGAAGAGCGAUAUGGGCAAUUGCCUUGGCACAUUUGUUCAGGUGUAUGAACAUAUCAACAGUAGUAUUAUGACGCAACAUGAUCACAUAAGGGCAUCAUUUGAGAAGAGCAAGAAUACAUACCUCCACUGUUUCAAGAAACCAAUCUAUAGUGAGCUUCGAGGAGCUGUCUCGCAAUGCGCCCUUGACCACCUAAAAAUUGAGCUUGAUAAAGCCCAAAAGUUGCUUCCAAACAGUGACAUGCUAUGUGAAUGUGCUAUCCGUGCAACACACGAUCUACCAUGUUACCACGAGCUUCGCGAGUUUGUCAAGAAGAAAUCUCAUGUUCCACUUGAAUUAGUAGGCUCCAUUUGGAAGCAUAUGAGUAUGGAGCCGGUUAUUGGUCAAGGAGAGCUUCCUAAUGAUGACGAACUCAUGAAAGGAUGGCACAAACGGUUUGCAUCGGCCGAUGUAGAUGAAAGGAACGAAAUGCUAACAAGUUCAGCGAAAUUGUAUAUCCUCAACGAACAUCUACAAUGGAGCCAUCGGAAAAGGCCACCACUAGAGCUCGAAGGCGUGACGUGGGUUUAUCCUAAAAUUUCACGACCUAUGAAAGUGGAUUUAAUGCCGUCACAAGAGUCGGCUAAACCCAUUUUAUUACGAAAGUUGCCGGGUCGAAAAGUCAACGGCAAGGCUUUGUUUCUUGACCAAAUCUAUCCAAUGUUUCAGACGUAUGUAAAAAGUAUAAAGAAUGUCGACUCAGAUGGUCAUUGUGGAUUUCGAGCGGUUGCAUCGAUGAUGGGUUUCGGAGAAAAAAAUUGGAAUCGUGUACGAGGAGACAUGCUUAAUGAGCUAUAUAAGAACGAAGCAAUAUACCUGAAGAUGCACCGUCGUCGUGAAAACAUUUUUGCGUUAGAAACGCGACUGUGUUGUUUGGAAAAAUAUGCUACAAGAGAGUAUUGGAUGUCCUUACCCGAUAUGGGUCAUAUCAUUGGCUCUACGUACAAUAUUGUACUCGUCUACUUAGCGCCACAACAAUGUCUCACUUUCCUUCCCUUAAACAGUGAACCGCUGCCCUCCGAUAAGAUACGAGAGCAUGGACUAGCUUACGUAAACAACAACCACUUCGUACAUGUCGUACUGAAAAAGAAUUGUCAUAUACCUCCUAUAGCGGAUUAUUGGCGACGAUACCAUGAUGAAAAAGCAGAUGGUUGGAAGACUUCCGAUAUGGAAUCAAGGAUUACAAUGUUUAGGAAGUUAGUUGGUCAAGAAGUAGCCUUGCAAGAAACCUUCAUAGAUUUAACAUAUGCAAGUGAAGACGAGAUGGUAAAAGAUUUUCCGUGA